AUGCCCCCGACCUCUAGAAGGUCGCAGAAGGGUGAUAAGCAACCGAAACCGCCGGAGAAAACGGCUUCCACAACAAAGCCUAAGAGGAAAAGCAAUGUGGCCACGGUUUCACCCGCUGUUGUUACCAUGCCUGCAGUUUUGCCGUUAAUUAAGGUGGCGACGGGCUUGAAUGAUAAUGACGAUGGGGAACUGCCGGUAACGCCGCAAAAUGACCCGCCAUCGAGAGUCGCAAGGAAAACUCCGGCAAGAACGAAAAAGAUGGCAGUCAAAGGCAUGCCCGCUCCCCAAAAGGGCACCCGCACCAAGAAGGCCACAGGUGGAUCAACAGCCAGGAAGGCAGCCCAUCGUCGGAAGCCGCAGUCCAGGGGGGCAAGCAAGACACCUUUGCCGGAUCCGAACAUCAGACUUUUCCAAAAUGGCGAACCGGGCCAGUCGACCAGCGGUGAGCAGCCACAACAACCACCACCACCACCCGUCAAGCGAAAACUUGACCCGUUUGUUUCGCUUCCACCACUGAAGCCGGGUAAAUGCCGCCUUCUUGAACUUUGCGGUGAACCACCAAACUCAGCGAAGCUCAAAGCCCUACCUGUGCAACUUGCUACUGCGAUCCAGAAGCAUGCAGCGGACGCGGAAGAAAGAAGAGGAAUCCAACAAGGGUCCCGCGAUGAAGGGCGGUUUGGCGAUGAUCCCGAGGAUGAUGUGGAGAAGAUGCUACUAAAGCGCGUGAAUAUGAUGAAAUCAAAAGGAUUAUGGUCCGGCGCGAUGUUGCCACGUUCGGUGGCCCCGCCGCGGCGUAUGACUGUAUGGGACCAAAUGCUGAAAGAAGUGGUGAUGAUGCACAGGGAUUUCAAGUGCGAGCGCAUAUUUGCCAACAAAUUCAGAAAACAAAUUGGAAAAGAGGUUGUGAAAUUCCAUGCGGACCUGAAGCAAGCUGAAAAGCGCCGGAAAGAAGAAAGAAAGGCAGCACGCGAAGCACUUGUACAAGAAUUUUACUCUUUGGAGCGCUGGCGGCCAAAGCUUUCUCCUUACGUCUACAGUGCGGCUUCCGUGGGAGAACGACUUUCCCGUAAAAUCGUCAGGGAGCAUGCUAUCACGCUUCUGCCGUAUAAAUACAGAAUGUUCCCCGAACUUGUGGAGAUCUUUCGCGGCGAGCUCCAUCCUUACAUUGGACAAUACUACGUGAGGGAGAAAGAUCGUGAAUAUAAUCCAAAACUUCGAAGUCUACGGGUAAGAUGUGAUUCGCUCUGGUCGACGAUGCUCACCUCUAUCCUCAAAGCUACGGGUAGCCCUACAAUUUUUUUCGAUGUCUUCAACUUUGUUUUGGAUUAUACCCAGCGUACGAUAGCUCUUCACUUGUUGCAAAAGCCUCCUGUCGCCCCUCAACUUCCGAAUCCGUCAAAUUCGCUUGAGGCCCUCUGCGAUGGAACUCGCGAAUUUGCUGGUCCACUAGCCUUAAACAUAUCCGGAAAACAAUUCCCAAAUCGAAUGGAUUUCGCGCAUGCGCCUUACGAUUUUCUUCGCGGGUAUCAGCACGCCGGGCUCAAUUGGCUAUUAAAUCUUCAUCAAAAAGGGAUUUCUGGCAUCUUGGCCGACGAAAGUGGUUUGGGCAAGCGUCGACAGAUCGCGACACUAUUCGCCUUGAUUGCUCCUUGCGAAAAGCCGAAUCUUAUUGUAUGUGCACCCGAUUUUGUUGAUGAGUGGGUAGUCGAGCUAAAGAAAACAGCGCCCGAGCUCAAAGUCACCGUCUGCUUUAAUUUGCCUGACUUGGAUAUGAAGAUGGAUGUGAUAAUUGUUGCAUUUACGAAAUAUCUGGAGCAUGCCGGAUUCAUGACCCCGUUGCCGGUGCACCGAUGGAAUUAUCAAGUGUUUGAUGAACCAUUGAAUAUCGACUACUACCAAAAACUGAAUUGGGCUAAGCUCGGACCGUUGGAUGCUCAAACUCAAAUGGCGAAAUACCGUGUACUACUUCGAAGGAAACCUCUUCCGUCGGAUCCUUUUGAACUCAUCGCUCUUUGCCAAUUUAUCUUCCCGGACUGGAUUCAGCAGGGCUUUGAGAGAAAAGGCCAGAAUCUUGUUGACUGGCUGAGUUCCUUCAACCUCGUAGAGGCGGUUGAUGCGGCCGAAGUGGAUGGUAUCCGUAAGCGCUUGUUGCAGAUAAUCAAUCCCUACGUGCUACGAAGAACGAAAAAGGAAGUGGAGAAGCAGCUUCCUAAGAACAGGGAGGUCGUCGUGAGAUGCCAGCUGUAUCCACAUCAACGCAUCCUAUAUGAUGAAUAUCAAAGUCUGCCAAGAAGUCGUUCGGAUGUGGAUAUUAUCACGGCUGCUACCGGCCUCUGGAAGAUCUGCAACCACCCGGAUGUAUUCGAAGAAAUGCACAACAAUGGAUCAUAUUUGCUAGAAAUGGAACGUACACAUCUUCCUGGCGCACUUUUCGACCUCGACGCAGAACGUACUGAAUUUGUGGAAAGGCACUUUCUAAGGCGUAUCGUGGCAAACGUUGGCUAUGAGCCGUUGCGUCCGUUGCGUCGGGGCCCUAUCUGUCCGAGAAUGGGCCACUACCGAUUUGUGUCAGAGGUUGAUGCAGAAAGGCGACCAAACGCAUUCAAGAUGAAGCGGAGAAAGGAGACGGAAGCCCUGCUCUACCGAAAAUUGCUUCGCAGGAGCAAAGAAGACGCCCUCAAUGAUGAACUGUGGACAUCUCCGAUAACUGGACUACGGUACAUCUCCGUCGACGAUUACGAUGAGGGAACUAAGAGAUUGUUGCCGUUCAAGCAUUUUGUCUCCAUCAAGCAAAUGUACGACUGGAAUCGGGAACUCUUGGAUCCGCUACCCGGGCUAUUUGAGCACACUCUUCUGAAGUCGCAGUUGAAGCUCGUGAGGUGGAUCCUAUACUCACCUCCUGCGGUACGAGUGUCGAACAAUUUCCGUCCUGGCCAAGGUCGGAUGAGCUACUAUCGAAUUUUGGAUGAGGCUCACGACAAAUACCAUGCAUGGGCUUCUGCGAAUGAAGGCACGCAACGCGCUCUGCCUUGCCAAGACUUGGCGGAUACAGACCCAUUUCCCAAUGCUCUUCAUAGGCUUUCGGUUAUGACAUCAACACCCGUUGGAAGAUCUUCUGGAAAGCUGGACGCGCUCGCUGUAUUGUUACGGGAUUUGCGCUGGCGCAAUCACAAGAUCAUGAUCUAUACCCAGAUGACUGAAAUGGUCCACCGGCUGCGAUGGUAUCUCGACCAAAAAGGUUUUUCCAACGUAUGGUUCGGCGAACAUACACCGAUGAUACAAGAUUAUGCACUUCAAAAACAUUUCGAAGAUGACAAGCGAUACGUGAUUGGUAUUGCUGCAGCCGGAUGUGGACGCCCUCGUUUCCGAUUCCCCGGUGUGGACACCAUCAUCUUUUAUGAUUGCGAUUGGAACUUGAAACUCAAGAGUGACGAGCUGUACAAAUAUUACGGAGUCGACUACGCCACCCCCACUACCAUUUAUCGGUUCAUCGCGGAAGGCACCGUUGAAGAAGUUUUCUUAAAGCACCAGCUGCGAGAUCGGUCUUAUCGUAUGGAUUACUCAGUCCCCGGAGCAGGCAAGCUUUUUGAGCAAGUGUCUGUUGUGAAUCGAGCUAUCGACACGUUGUUGAAUGGAAAGCGAUCGCACACUGUGCUUGAGAAACUGAUCAGCAAUGUCAAUGAUAUUCAAUGGGCCCGUCGACCGCAAGAAUCACUGAUCAAGAUGAUACAAUUUUGGUCGUUGAAUUGGGGUCAUCCGAUGCUGGAAUACGACAUGGAGGGCAUAAACUCGGAUCCAAUUGAUCUGACAAAAGAAGUUCGCAACAUAAAGCAAGGGCUGUUAUACGGUGGGGCGCCGAAUGAACGGCUUGUCACGCGGCGCUUGCGCUUGGAGCGGUUUGAGACGGGUAAAGUGAUACGAUCUGAUGAGCCGGAAUAUGGGCAAUCUAUUCAUGACCCUUGGGGCAAGUCGGUCAAACGAAUGGAAAUGCAAGCACGACACCCGAAAGAACUCACCUACCAGUGGGAUUCCGAGGACGACAUUCUCGAGCUGCCAUGGAAGCUGAACCCGAAGGAAAAGGCUGUGCUGAAGAAGAAAUUACGCGCCAUUCCCAAGCUCGCGCCCGAAUCAAAGUUGCUCAACACAUUCUACGACGACGUAUCUUAUGGCCACAUGUACCGGAAACAGUCCGUGUUUUUGGAAGAUGAGGACUAUCCGGAGAUGACGAGGCCUUUCCUUAAAUAUCGACUGCAAGGAAGGAAGAGAAAGAAGGCAAUGAAACGGGGCAAGCAUGACAAUGGCGACGCAACUUUGCCACGGCGAGCCGACCCGAAAUUGAAGACACCAGCCCAGCGGAAAAAGCCUGGCUUAGAAGCCGCAAAGCCAACCACGGCUGCCAAGGAAAAGCCCGGAAGCAAGUCUGCCAUGCCAAUCACCAAGCGAAUGGUCAACGGAACCUCGAAGCUGCCAAUGAAAGCUGGCCCUUCUGGUGUUUCUGCGGGUGAUAUGCCGUCGACUUCGAGAGCCGGUGGUUCUUCAACUGCUCGUACCGGAAGGAUUGUCGAUCGUCCACCUACCCUCAGCACCUUUAAGCGACCUCGUACUCCCCCUCAACUCGUUCGGGAGCAUGCUGACUACGAGGGUCCACCGUGGACAACUCAAGAAGACGAGGCCUUGCAAAAGGCUUAUGCGAUUUCCGCAAACUUCGAAUACAUCUCCACUUUCGUUGGUGGCAGCUCCGUUACCUACAGGACGCCUUUGCAAUGCUGGAACCGUGUAAAUGCCUUGAGGAAUAUGGCGCGCCUUCCGGCUUCUAAAGCAGAGAGUCGUGAGAAGUUGACAACUUCCCUUCAAGCCAUGCAAAGCACCGUGAAGCAAAAACCAAACAUCCUUCGACGCAUGACGCCAUCGAAGCAAGCCACGCCGCCGGAACAGAUUGCUCGAUUACAAGCUCUGGAUGUCAAUGUUACAGUCAAUCAGCGUCCGGCCGAACUGCUAACCCGACAGGAAAAUCGCCGCUAUCCAUCCGCCGACCGUCGGGAGGGUUUCAAUCCAAACCUUCCGAGCACCUCAGCAGCUUCAGCGGAAUCGGGCCUCUGGGGCCGCGAAACUCGACUCGAAAUGCGGCAGCCCGCCAUCCCAUGCCCUGCCGAAACAUUGGUUAGCAGGGAAAACACUGUUAUCGAAGUCCCACCCCUGCCGCGUCCGAUGCCCACCCUUGUCCAGCCAGCGGUUCCAGAGCCCCGACCACCACCUCCAGCCGAACAACACGUUCCGGUUGCUUCUACCGCUGCAGCUCCCCGUCGGAUUGCGGUUAGCAAUGUGCCAACACAAAAUUUCACGGAAAAUCCGCCUCGCAUCGCCACUUUCGUCCCUGGCAGUCAGCCUGCGAACCAGCAGCCAAUUUACCGUGCGAUCGCUCCCUCAAACCAGACCUCUACCAUACGAACCACUGCUCAGCGAGUAACGUUGCCGGUAAAUUAUAAUAAUGCGCAGCCCGGAUCUACUCAACCGCCACCUUACACGGCUACCGAAAGACCACCCACGCAGCCAAUCCGCACAACUGCAGGAACUGCGCCGCGAGUCAUGCAGCGCGUACCGCAGGUAAAGGCGGGACCUCGUAUGGUAGUAAACCAAGCGCCAUCCGGAGAACGCCCGGCCCUCGUGUUCUCGAAUCCUCAACAUGUCCGAAUGGUGCAACGGCCCGUGCAGACUCGUCGACCUUCCCAAGGACAUCACGCCCAACCCGGUCAACAGCAACUCCCGCAUUUCCAACAACAAACCCCGGUCACGAUGCUGAUCCCGAACCGUGGUGGCCAGAUCGCUACACCUGUUAGGCGCAUCACAAAUCAGCCGACAAAUCGGAUGGUGAAUGUCGUUCAGAUGGUGAACAACCCUGGAAAUCAACAACCGGGAACCUCGCGCACAUACACAGCUGUUGGGGGCGCAAAUCUACCCAUUCACAGUGGCGCCGUGCAAUUGAGCAGGCGCCAAAUCCAUCCGGGUCGUACGCCUAUCAUCUCGGUCGCUGUCCCGCCUAAUCGCCAAAUGCAACACCAGGGUACCCCUGGACAAGAUCAUGGUGGCCCCUACGCUAUUGCAGGCCAAAUGACCUUCCAACACACUCAUCAAUCUGGUCAAACGUCUACUCUGACUGUUCCUCGCUUGAUCGCUGUCUCACAAGCCCCACAGACGCAGCAUCUUCUACAACAACCAACAACCACCACCACCCAAAAUCAGCCCUCGCCACCCCAAACGGGCGGACUUCCCUCCGUAUCCACCCUUGAACGUAGAACC